AAUAAUCGCAACUGUAUAAUUCAAAAAGGGCGGUAAAUUUUUCUGUAACCAAAUAUUAUUGCUACUGCAGUGGUAAUUGCGAAAAUUUUUAGAUCUGUCUGGAAGCAGAAUCAACGAUUAAUUACCAUGAAGUGUUUCGUGAGACCCUGCUUUGCGUGACCCGUCAACCAGACGUCACGCACACUGUAGCAAUUGCAGCUGCUUCAGCAGCACUUUCAUGCAAUGCAAGCGCCAUUGUAGUGCUUACUACUACUGGACAUUCGGCCAGUUUAGUAAGUCAUUAUCGUCCUAAAGUGCCAAUUAUUGCUGUUACUCGAGAUGCACAAGCUGCACGUCAAAUGCUCCUUUACCGCGGUGUUCAUCCACUGCUUUAUUCUGAACAAAAAAAUGAAGACUGGAAAGCUGAUAUCGACUUGAGAGUAGCUUUUGGUAUGAAAGAAGGUCAGGCACGUGGCUUCAUCAAGUCAAGUGAUCUUCUCAUCAUUAUUACAGGAUGGUCCAAAGGUAGAAAUAAAACAAUUUGA